AUGAAGCCACAGAUUGAAGAAGAGUUAGAUCGUCUUGUAAAAGAUGGAGUUCUGGAGAAAGUCGAUACAAGUGAAUGGGCAACCCCUAUAGUACCUGUUCCUAAGAAGGAAGGCAUUAGGAUCUGUGGGGACUUCAAAGUGACCAUUAAUCCAUUGUUGGAAGUGGACCAACAUCCCUUGCCUAAAAUUGAAGACAUAUUUGCGUCACUAGGGAAAGGCAAAUCAUUUUCAAAGAUUGAUUUGAAAAAUGCAUACCUACAGGUUGAAGUAGAUGAGGAUAGCAAACAGUAUCUGACAAUUAGCACACAUAAAGGUCUUUUUCGAUAUAAUCGUCUCGUAUUUGGAAUCGCAUCAGCCCCAGCAAUCUUUCAGAGAUUGAUUGAACAGGUUGUAGGAGAUAUUCCUAACGUAGAAGUGAUAUUAGAUGACAUGAUAGUCACAGGACAGGAUGACAAUGAACACUUAGAAACACUCGAAAAAGUUCUGAGUCGGUUGAGUGAAUAUGGGUUAAAAGUGAAUGUCGAGAAAUGUGCGUUCAUGAAUGACAAAGUGGUGUUCUGUGGCCAUGAGAUUACCAAAGAUGGUCUCCACAAGACAACUGAGAAAAUUAACGCGAUAAAAGAUGCACCGCCAAUUAAAAAUGUCAGAGAUCUAAGAUCAUUCCUAGGACUUGUCCAGUAUUACGCUAAGUUUUUGCCAAAUUUGGCAACAGUGUUACAUCCCCUGCAUCAACUAUUGACCAAGAAUGCUAAAUGGAAGUGGACCAAAGCGUGUCAAGAUGCAGUUACCAAAGUGAAGGAGAUGAUAACAUCUGAUCUAGUACUGAUCAACUAUGAUCCUGAUCUACCGAUUAUUCUCGCGUGCGACGCAAGCUCUUUCGGAAUCGGAACAGUUCUCAGUCACAAGCUACCUAAUGGUACAGAGCGACCGAUAGCUUUUGCAUCGCGUAGUCUCAAUAAAGCUGAAAAGAACUAUAGUCAAAUUGACAAAGAAGCACUUAGCUUGAUCUGGGGAAUCAAGAAAUUUAACUCUUACUUAUACGGAAGAAGGUUUACUCUAGUGACAGACCACAAACCGUUAUUGUCGAUCUUUAGUCCCAGCAAAGGAAUUAGCGCUACGACCGCAGCUAGAUUACAACGAUAUGCUUUGUUUCUAAGUGGAUACCAGUAUGAUAUUGUUUACCGGUAUACAAAGCAGCAUGGAAAUUGUGACUCACUAUCAAGGUUACCGCUUGAAACGUCAAAUGCUCUAGAAGCUGAUGAAACCGAUGUCUUCUUUAGUAAACAGUUAGAUACUUUACCUGUUAGUAGUGAUCAAGUAGCGCUUGAAACAAAACGUGACAGGAUUUUAUCAAAUGUACUUGAAUAUGUCGCGAAAGGAAAACCGAUGAAUAGUUAUGAAAUGUCGGCAGUGUAUCAACCGUUCAUGAACAGACAAUCACAAAUAUCGGUUCACCAAGGAUGCUUAAUGUGGGGACUCAGAGUAAUUAUCCCUUAUUCCUUGCGGAAUUCUGUACUACAGGAGUUGCAUUCUGGACAUCUUGGAAUUGUCAAGAUGAAAUCCUUGGCAAGAAGCUACGUCUGGUGGCCAGGAAUCGAUAAAGAUUUGGAGGGAAUUGCUCAAUCAUGUUAUGGGUGUCUCACAGCGAAGCCUAGUCCUCCUGAAGCUCCAAUUCAUCCCUGGGAAUACCCGAAUCAACCUUGGACAAGAGUUCAUGUGGAUUUUGCUGGGCCAUUUAUGGGCCAUAUGUUUCUAGUAAUUGUGGACUCAUAUUCCAAAUGGCCGAUUGUGAAGAUCAUGAACAAAACAUCCACCAGUAAAACUAUUGAGAUAUUACGAGCAACGUUUGCAGAAUUUGGACUUUGUGAUGAGUUAGUGAGUGAUAAUGGUCCUCAAUUUUCUAGUGAGGAAUUCAAGAUUUUCAUGAAACUUAAUGAAAUUAAGCAUAUUACUAGUGCUCCGUAUCACCCUAAGACGAAUGGACUCGCUGAACGUUUUGUUCAAAGUUUUAAACAGGCAUUGAAAUCCUCAACAAAUGACGAAGGAACAUUGCAAACAAAAUUGUCUCGUUUCUUAAUGAACUACCGGAAUACUGAACAUUCAACUACUGGAGAAACGCCUGCCAAACUUAUGUUAGGGCGCAAUCUGACUACGCGUUUGGAUAAAGAUAAAAUCAAACCCAGCUUAGAAGAUCGUGUAAGCAAAAACCAAGCAAAAAUGGUGCGUUCUAACGUAGAGCGAAAUUUCGAGGUUCAGGACAGUGUUAUGAUUCGUGAUUACCGUGACAAGCAUGAGAAAUGGAUUCCAGGAGUAGUUAAAACCAAAACUGGUCCAGUGUCUUACAAUGUGGAAAUAUAUCCUGGAGUUACCUGGAGACGUCACGCAGAUCAGCUCAGAGCCGCUAAUGUAACACCUGCAGGAAGCCCUGAAAUUUUCGUUGAUCCAGUGAUUCCAUCAACCCGGUCUAAAUCAUCAGUUGAAAGUGUUUCUCAGCCUGUGGAAAGUUCAGGUCCUACAUCACCUCAGAAGGCGGAAGUUACGACAGCGAAACCGAAAGAACCGCCUCCUGUUGUCGAAUUGAGGCGUUCUUCACGCACAGUUAAGAAACGUGUAUUAAUGGAUCUAUGA